UUUCCCUCUUCCAGCCCCUGAACCGAGUGCGGCCGCACAUUGCGAGCACCGCGCUUGCUACCGGGGUAUAUAUAAAAGUUGACCGGAAAGGGAGUAACGGUGUUUGUGUGUGUGCACGCGCUUCGCCAAGCGCCGAGUCGUCACUUCUGCGCGAUCCCGGGAGUCGUACCGCAUCCCACCGUCGCACGCCCCCGUAAAUCCACCGCGCCGGUCCCGGAUUAUCUCGCAGCUUCUCCGCCGGCGAGCCAGCAUGAACGCGAAGCUGUUCGUGAUGCUCGGAACGCUCGCCGUGGUGAACGCCGGCGUUCCACUGCUGGGAGGCGAAAGCACGCAGCACAGAGCUCAGGACGAUUAUGGCAACUACCAGUUCAGCUACGACAUCGUCGACCCACUGGGCGCCACCAACGGCCGCUGGGAGGUAGGGGAUGCAUACGGCAACAAGCGCGGAGGCUACACCAUCAACGACAUCGACGGCCGUCAGCGGCGCGUCGAGUACGUGGCCGACGCGUACGGAUUCCGCGUCAUCGUCAACACCAACGAGCCCGGUACGGCGGCCAGCGCGCCGGCCGGCGCCGUCUUCAACUCGCCUUACGUGAACGUAAUACGGGGCCUGGCACUGGCGAAGCCCGUGGUCGCCGCUGCCGCGACGGCUGCCGUGCCGGUGACCCACGCGUACGCGCCGUACGCGCAGCGCGUGCCCAAGGUCGUGCUGCAGGCGCCUGCAGUGCUGGCCGCGCCGCCGCUGGCCGGCCAUUACGGGGGUUACGCACCUUCCUUCCACGGACAGUUCGGACGCCGCAUCGGGGCGGCGCGAAACUUCUACAACUAUUACAAAAAGCGCUGACGCUUCGUGCCCGCGGGCUGCCAGAGGUACGCUUAAAAAGAAUUGGAGCAGUCGGACAAGCAUAUAAAAUAAAUUUGUUACAACGCCCCAUAAAGCAUUGAAAUGAGGGUUCUCGCCUAUUUUGUUCGUUUUUAAUUUACUCGCCUGCGCACCACGUGAACCCCACCUAUAUGGCCUUCCAUUUGUUAUUGGAGUUAAUUCAUUCUUUGCUGCCCUAAAUAUGACUUGAAGAAAGGAGAAAGAAAGAAGCGUACUUCACACGAACGUUACAGAAUGUAAGAGGGGCAGGUUCUGCAAACGUGACGCGGUGUACUUAAGUUAUGAAAAUCCACUCACGUUGUGCAAUACACGCGAUGCGUGAACAAAGCGUUUCGCCGUGAGCUGCGAGAAAGUGUCUGGCGGUGGACUUGUGAAGGUGGGCAUCAGGAACGGAAUUAACAAAGCGCUUCUUCCGUCAGAACUACGUUUCAUUGGUCUCGCGCCUUCACUAAAGUUAUGCUUGCUCCCGUCAGAAUUGGUCGGCUCACUUAUUCACGAACCGUUGUAGCGUACGAAGUCCUCGUUGAAAACGUGUCCGGUUUCGCCAUAUCUGACCUCAGGUUCAAUAAGAUGCCCCCGAAGCGUACAACGGAGCCCUGUCCAAACCGCUAGCGUCUGGGACUUGCAAAAGCUUUCCAUGAAAUCAUUUAUUGUUAACGCGAACUUACUUUCAGGUGUGGGUAAAUAUAGGCAGCUUAGGCAUGUGACUACCCUUUGCAGUCGAUUGCUUGGCAGUGUGCGGUAGCGCUCAAGUACAGCCUGCAUAUGUACUCAAAUAGCACCUAGCGAUUUAUGGUGCUCCAUUGCAUCAGCCGAAACACACACACACACAAAUAUAUAUAUGAUGCUUGCUUAGCAGAAAAUUACAUUUAUGCAGCGAACAUGACGAGGGGAAACGCCGAGCAGCGUAGUGUUUGAGUGGUUGAGUGAGAGUCGCCCCUUAUUGUUCUCACGAGCUGGCCUUGAUUUGCUUAACUUACCGAAGCUACUUCCAAAAACUUUCUCUUUGAAUCACGCAUAUUCCCUGUUUUACGUGUGGUGCCAGUUCAAUCAUUCUUAAGAUCACUGCCCAUAUUGGUUCCAUAGGAGGAGGAAACGUAUCCGUGCUUUAUGUUUUGUGUACUUAAGUUGUCAAUGUGUAUCUGAAAAUGUUGUACCUUCCUGUGUAAGAAUGUUCACCUUCUUUUUCAUAAUCGAGUCAUCGUAUUCCACUUAGCAUCGUGUUUAUUGCUGUUCUAACGCGCAUCUUUAAGAUUGUGUAUCUACUGAGAACUUAGCAUCAUGUAUGUACUGUUACCAUGGAAGCCCUUGUAAAGGUGCAUAAUUUCGCAUUAUCAUGUUGUAGCUUCUAAGCACAACUUGUAGCGCGGUGAUUUAGAUGCUUUGGUUACUAUAACUGAGUAGAAAAGUUACAGACAAUGAAGGAAGUGCGGCGUGUGACUUUUACUGUGCACAAAAAAUGUGAGAAUAUGCACCUUUCGUAAGGGUUACCGUGAUAAGAGGUCAUUGUUAUAUCGCGGUGUAACUGUGACAUCUCCUCUCGUCAACCUUAUGUCCCGUGUUUUGUCAUAAAAUGAAACGGUACAAAACGCCCAAAGUUCCGAAAACUAGUACAAAGUCAGAUGAUCUUAGUACACACUUGUCUUGGCUCCGAACAUCAGCACUGACAUAAUUACUGAAUUUCACUUGAACGUUUCUGUGGUCGAAAGGAUUUCGUAAUCGUAAAUUUUUUCACUACAUUGCAGUUUCUUUUGCCCAUCUUCCCCCCCCCCCCUCCAUAUAUUUUGGUAUUAGUGGGUUCAUUUUACACGUGCAACUGGCGUAUUUCCAUUACUGUCAUUAAAAAUGAGCAGAAGCACGUAAUAUCUUUUAGCAGGUAGUGUGUCGCGCUUUGUUGUGUCAUUAUACGCUGUGCAAAUGAGUGUAUCUGUUGCAGUGCAGAAUUUUCUGCUCUUCUGUUGAGAAAACGGGGAACGUCUGCCAUACAGCAUAAGUAUACACUACGCGAAGGUUGGGGCUUGCUGUGUGUUUGUCGUUUUGUGUUUUGUGUUUUGGCUUUUUACGCGUUUACGCGUUUCUGUCUGUUGGCGCCUUUAGUAUGGCCACUUUGUCUCGUUGAUGCCGAAAAUUUUAUUCUGCUUUGUACUUCUUUUUUUUUAUCUAGUCUGCCGCCCUUGAGAGCGUUAAUUACACCCAGCGCUAUGCAAAUAACCUGCGAUUUUCCUCCUCUUCGACAAGGCGAACAACUUGCGCCUGCGUGAGUGUUUGCAAGUGGCCAAAUGGUGGCAGCAUGUGUCAACCCUACGGCUUCUUUGUUUCCGUCCAUUGCGCUACGUAGGUUCGUUGCAAGUGUGCCACUGUUCACAAUACCGCCGAAAUGUCUGUGUGCAGUGCGUUCCGUACGUGUAUACGUGCAAGUGCUUUCAUUGCAGUAUUGAUUUUUGUGUGCGUGUAUGUGUCAUUGCCUGUUAAUAUCCACACCGAAGGUACCUUGCUUUAUACUUGUUAUCGAACGCCACAUCUUGUCUGCGCCAGCAGCGCCUCCUCUUGACUUAUAUUUUCCUUUAGCUCUUAUUUCUGGUGCAUAUGUUGCUCUUCUGUACAUUAUUUUCUAUUCUGAUCUGUUGAGACUGCUGUUACAGGAGAGUGGAUCACCGUUGAUUGGAAACGCGCACACACACAACGAAAGAGGAACGGGGCACAACAUGCGCUCGUGGUGUCUCAUUCCUCCUUCGUUGUAAGCGUGUUUGCGCUUCCAAUAGACCAUGAAUGCAGCUUUUAGUUUGUGUGGCUCUUUAAUAUUUCGCUACAGGACAAAAUUGCGGGUGACGGAUGUGCUAAAUUAGGAACUGCAUCUCUAUUUCUUGCCUAUAGAAUAUUUGAAAAUAAAGCUCGUGAGCACGCUAGAGAAACAGUUACACUCUUUUUAUUAUAGUGCCACAUACGUAUACAUGUUGAAAAGCAGAACAAGGGAAGGACGUAGCAAUAAAGAAGAGCUUACACAACCCAUAGCGUUGUUGUCUGUUUGCGAAGUGCAAAAUGUCGGAAUAUUAUAUAGACCACGUAAGAAGUGUAGAGCAAAAAGAAGUGUGUCACUAUCGUUUGAGCCGCUCCAUAUUUUUUUUUUUCGCUAUUUUCCAAAGUGCCACUUCACCAACUAUCCCAAUUGAGUCUCGAUCCCGUCGCCAUUGAGGUUGUUUUAAAAGUGGCUUUAAGUUGCUUUUACAGCACAGGCGGAGAUGAAGGCACGAUUUCUUAGGCGACGCACCAUCAGCUGCAGCAGACAUCGGGAUCUACGUGAUAAUCACUAUUGAAUGCUAUAAUUGUCACUAAUUGGCUUUUAUUAGCAAAUUCACGUGGCUCGUUGUGACUUUGUAAUUGGAUUCGGCCGCGACGCAAAGCAUCCCCCAUCUGCUAGAAACCUUGCGGCAAGCUUCAAUUAAGAGAAAUUGCGCCCGCGAAAUGGCCGGCAAAACGCACUGCUGUUUCAGUUAAUCUUCUUCCGAACUGAAUUUUUUCGCUGUGUGCAAAAAUGUUAGCUGAACCACCAGCGUAUUUUGAUCAUAUUAUUCUUUAGAAAGCUGCUGCAAGGCAGGCUACUUCUAGCAAAUUCGUAUAAUUUGCCUUGUAAUGGCGACGUAUACUAUCACACCAUUGAUUGAGAACUUAGUGAAGUUUAACUAAAUGUUCCAUCCAUUAAUUAUUCUAUCCCAUAGAUCCUGGCUGCCACAGCUGCGUUGGAUGGGUAGCCGAAAAUAAUUAAAAGAUGAUACCGUGUCCUAAUCGGUGCUGUGCUCUGUUUAAUACUCACUUAAGGAAUAAAUAUUAACACUCUGGAUCACUGAUGUAGUACAGGUCAGUGAACUGGAUUAAUGUAAAACAGCUUCCUCGACUGUUUUCGACUCUUUCUCCACAGUACAGUUGGGCGUCUUCGAAACUGCCGCAAAGUGACAUAUUGUGAUUUACAUUCUGCGGUGAUCUCUCUAUCUGUUUCACAUUGAGCUUUCUUUCUGUACGCUGUUUUUGUGAUUUGUGCAACGAUGUGAACAGUUCAGCUUCCAUCUCUGUACUCACUCUGCACCUGUCAAAUAAACCAUGGCUUGCAAAGCA